AUGAUGUUGCCAAGUGUUAUUGCGCCUCCAGCGAUGUAUCCAAACAUUCUCCGACCUUCUGUGGCUCUGUCUUUGCCUCAGUCUUUGCAAUCGGCGUUCACCGCUCAUUCGAGCUUUUUGGUGGAGGAUCUGUUGCGGAUCAGCCGACCUUCCAGCUUCCUGCACAGGACCAUUCCUUCUCCCAGUAACUCUCCGCCGUCCUCAGGUGCCACGACUAUCAACAGCCCUUCAAUUGCUCAUGUCUCCAUGUCUACCUCUGUGCCUAAAGGAUCAAACUCUCCGCAAACAUCUCUGUCUAAUAAUGACCCGAGUUACUUGAAGUUUGGAGUAAACGCAAUUUUGGCACCAUCGACAAGAAACGCGUCAUCGUCACCACCUUCAGUUGAUGGCACGCAUGCGAAACCCUUCCCUUUUCCAUAUUUUGAUGGCUCAUUCCAUCCAUUCAUCCGGACAUCAUAUUUUCCAGUGUCCUCCUCAGUGGUACCUAUCCCGGGGACUUUCUCAUGGCCACUCACAGCGAGGGGAAAGCCCAGGAGGGGGAUGCUCCGACGGGCCGUUUUCUCUGACGUUCAGCGUAAAGCCCUGGAGAAAAUGUUUCAGAAACAGAAGUAUAUCAGCAAACCCGACAGAAAGAAAUUAGCUGCCAAACUGGGACUAAAAGACUCACAGGUGAAAAUAUGGUUCCAAAACCGAAGAAUGAAGUGGCGCAAUUCCAAAGAGAGGGAACUUUUGUCGUCGGGAGGAUGCAGAGAGCAAACGCUGCCCACAAAAAUGAACCCCAAUCCGGACCUUAGCGACGUUGGGAAGAAGUCGUGUGGAGAAGGUGUUGAGGCCCAGAUGAGAGACAGCCCACGCGCGACCAUGUGUCAUUCUGAGCGCGAAUUUUUGAACAGUGUAGACUCUCAUCUUACAUCACCAUCCGACUCCAGCAAACACUCCGACUUCUCAGAAUCAGAGGACGAAGAAAUUACUGUAUCAUGA